CUCUCUUCUCCCUUAUCCUCAUCAAUCAAUACUCUACCAUUUCUCUCUCUCCCUCUCCCAUCUCUUCAGAAUCUAUUCAGCAUUCUUCUUCUUCUUUCUUUCUUGCUUUUCUUCCUCCAUUGCCCAAGUGAUUGAUUGAUUCAUCACAAACCCAAGUCUACUUGUGGAGACUUUCCUCUCUCUCCCCUCUCUCUCUUACUCUCUUUCUUUUCUUUUUGGGACACAUCAAUUGCGGAUGCCAAAUUGAUAUUAGGUCUCUCGUUUUUUUGCCUUCUACCAUUCCCGCUCGGAUUAAUGUAAUGUAUGUAUCAUCAUUGAAUUGUCUUAUAUUAAGCGUGCGAUAAUCGUGCCCACCUUUCUGGUUUCUUCCCCUUUCCCCCUCCCCUCUCUCCCCUCUUUUCUAACUUGGCGCUCCGAUUCUUGAUUGAAUCCUGGUCCUACAUGGACCUUUGAGUGCGCCGAGUGGUCUUCAUCUCCCCAACGCAUCCAUCGAUGCGUCCUUCUCAUUGGUCUAAAUUUUCGAAUCGAAUCGAUCGGCCACCAUCUUGGAGGAGAUUAGCUGCAGCAUGGAAGGGUUCAAUGAUGGUUACUAUGAUGCCCAGUACACGGUUUCUGCGUCUGACCAUCAAAUGGGGUAUUCGCAAUCCUCCAAUGAUCACUAUGCCCCGACGAUGAUGUCCUUUACGACCCCCGACCAGAUGCAGGCGGCAAGCUUUGCCUAUCAGUCAGAUUUGGUUGCUAAUAGCGCUUCGUUUGUCUUCCCGUCGCACACGGCUGGGCUGUCCCUGAAUCCGUCUGAGCAUUCUGAGAACCUCGGAGACCGAAUGUCUAAUGCUAUGCUCCCGUAUGAUCCCCUCUCUGCUCUCGGAGGUCCAACACCCAUGCCUAUAAAUACGGCCAAUCCGUUCACCUACAAUGCCUUCACAUCCCCCUUCCCCACUAUGCCACUGGAAAACUUCCAGGAACAGCAGCCCGUACCUUAUCACAGCGCUGCGUUGCAACCGCAGCCCGUGAAUCUGAAUCCUACCACGACCUACUCUACCAUGCAAACCCACGGGCCCGUCUUGCAGAUGUAUCAGGCACCACCAAGCCACGCUGAGCCGCCCACUCGUGCACAACCGACUUUCAACAAGCAACCUCUUAGUGUUCCUCAACCCACAGGUCAAUCGUCCCAACGUAGGCGAAACCGUGGACUUCAGUCGCCGGCUCAAUCGUCGAGCUCCUCCCAUCGUUUCAUUCAACCCAAAAGGCCAUCGCCAGUGAAGGCUCCCCUACAACCUCACCCUAAAUUGGUGACGGGCGAGGGCUCACAGUAUGCCAGCAUCUAUUCAAGUAGCGGGUUCAAUAUAAUGGGCGUCUUGGCCGAAGUAGUGUCAAGGCCGAAUCCUAAGAUUAGUAUCGGUGCGGUCGAUUUAUCGUGCGCGUUUGUACUCUGCGACAUCACCAAAAAUGACCACCCGAUUAUCUAUGUCUCCGAGGCAUUUGAACGUCUCACUGGCUAUACUGAGCAGGAGAUCGUUGGCAAAAACUGCAGGUUUCUUCAAGGGCCGGAUGGUGUUGUCCAAAAAGGCGUGAGGCGGACAUUCGUCGAUGACCAAACAACUUCGCGUCUACGGUCCACGCUCGAGGAACGAACGGAGAUCCAGGUCAGUCUUAUCAAUUACAGGAAGGGUGGGCAGCCGUUCAUGAAUCUGAUAACAAUGAUUCCCAUUCGCUGGAGCUCCCAUGAUUAUCGAUUCUAUGUGGGUUUUCAGGUUGAUCUAGUCGAGACGCCCGAUGCUGUCACAAGGAAAAAUCCAAACGGUACUUAUACGAUCGACUAUCGACGUAACCGACUACCAAAUUAUGUGGUGCCAUCUCCUGACAUCUACCGAUCGCACCCCGAUUUGGCGACUUGGUUCACACCAGUCCAGGUGUCGACCAUCCUGGGGAGUCUCGAUAAUCCAACUCUAAAUUAUAGAAGCUAUCUGGAUCGCGUAUUAGUCGAGAACACAGAUGAUGUAAUACAUGCUCUAUCGUUCGAAGGCGAAUUCCUCUAUCUAUCGCCGUCCUGCCGGAAAGUCUUAGAGUACGAGCCGGUUGAACUCGUGGGGAAAACGCUAUCAACGGUCUGCCAUCCUAGUGAUAUUGGCCCUGUAAUCCGCGACCUACGGGCCUGUACUACUACCGAUCCGAUCAGUGUCGUGUUUAGAAUGCGGAAGAAAUGCAGCGGAUACAUUUGGUUCGAAAGCCGUGGCUCGUGGCGCAUGGGAGAGCGAGGGCGGCAGUUCAUGGUCCUUGUUGGACGACCUCGUCUCGUAUACUGUCUCGACCAUAUUGCGAACAUUGGACACGGUAUCUUGGCAGAAACUGAUAUCUGGGCCAAGUUGUCAAAGUCCGGGAUUGUUCUGUUCAUGACCUCGAAGGCACGCCCAGUACUGGGCCGUAUACCUGAUGAGCUUGUUGGCAAGAGCUUACAAGAUCUGAUAGAUUCGCGAGUGGAGGCACAAAGAGCCUUUCGAGUGGCUCGUAGUGGUCAACAGAUCACUUUCAGCCAUAAAAUUCGUCAUAAAAAAGGCCACAUGCUGCCGGCGCAGACCACAUUAUACCCAGGGGAUACCAAGGAAGGUAUUAGGCCCUCAUUCCUGGUCGCCCAAAUUAGCUUUCCAAAACCAAGACAGGCAGGCGAUGACGAGUCGAGUCCAGCGCCCCCGCUGCCCAGCGGAGACUUGGGCGAUCCUAUGACUUCCCGUCAAUCAGGCUCAAGCGUGUCUGGCAUGGGGACACAAGGCCAAUUGUCUUCCGGUAAACAAAUCGCCACACAGGCCCAAGAACUCCCAUUUUUCGAAGAAUUGGUGCCAACCAGGGGCUCAAGUUGGCAGGUUGAACUUAGGGAGUUGGAAAAGCAAAACCGGAUACUAUCCGAUGAACUGCAGAAAUUACUUACCCGAAGAAAGAAGCGGAAACGCAAGCAGAGUACCGCGUCUGUUGAGAAGAGCUGCGCUAUGUGCCAGACCAAGAAAACACCAGAAUGGCGCAGGGGACCCAGUGGGGAACGCGAUCUUUGUAACAGUUGCGGAUUGCGUUGGGCUAAGCAAGCCCGUAACGCAGCACAGUCGGUGGGGAGGCCCAAUACUUGUUGAUCGAGGUCACAGGGCAAACAAUUAUCUGUUUAUCUGUUUCUUU